ACAGUGCAUAAUCUAAAUAAAAUGUUACAAAUUUAAAUAUUUAUUUACACAGAAAUCAGUCGACAAAUAUGUCAUUUGAAAAAAACAAUGAAAAUGUAUAGUGUUUUAAUUUUAUUUACUUAAAAAAUAAUAAUAAUGACGAUCAGUGAUAAAAAUGAUUUUAACGGUGAUUAUAACGGCGUCACGGAUGAUGAAGACGAAGAUGAGGAACAAAUGAGAAAUCGUGUUAAAUAUAAAAAAGAUCCGCACGCUACGAGAAGUGAAUCGUAUAGAAAAUUUAAAAAAAUUAUCGGACAUGUUGGACUUUUAAUCACAUUGAUGCUGUACACAGCAGCAGGUGGUCUGGUUUUUCGAGCUAUUGAAUUACCGGCAGAGUUAGCUCGAUUAACCAGGCUAAGGGACGCUUUGAUAGUGCAGAGGCACCAGUUCGUCAGUUCCAUUGUUAAUAAUACCGAUGUUUCAAAUUUGGCAACACUGGUAAAUGUCAAACUUAAGUCAUACGAAUCUGCAGUUCAGGAAGCAGCUCAGGCUGGACUUUUAGUGAACUUAGUGGCUGAAAUUAACGACCAAGAGCAUUUAAAAAAUGAAGAAAAACCUCCUGUGAAAACUGAUAGGUGGAGUGUUUUACAAGCGGUGUUUUUUGCCAGCACUGUUUUGACCACCAUUGGAUACGGAAACAUUGUGCCGUCAACAAGUUGGGGAAGAAUUUUCUGCAUCCUAUUUGCCCUCGUCGGAAUUCCCUUAACUUUGACAGUCAUCGCUGAUUGGGGCAAGCUUUUUGCCGAAGGGGUCAGUGAAGUCGCCCAAAAAAUAAGAUCCAAACUUCCAAAACGAGUGAACUCUUGCAUGCCUACCAACAUGGCAGGAAGAAGAUCUUUAGGAGCUUUCGCAGCUGUCGUUCUAUUAUUUCUAUACUUGGCCUGCGGAGCCGGAAUGUUUAUGUUGUGGGAGGAGGAUUGGGGAUUUUUUGAGGGUUUCUACUUUUGCUUCGUGACAAUGACGACAAUCGGAUUUGGUGAUUUAGUGCCGAAAAAACCAAAGUACAUGUUGUUGUGUACUCUUUACAUCUUGGUGGGUCUCGCAAUGACUGGAACGAUAAUCGAAUUGGUUAGGCGACAAUAUGCUCAAUCUUGGAGGAGACUACAGGCCCUGAGCGGUCCCCUUGCUGAAACUUUAAAAAAGCUUGGGGAACAUGCUGGAGGUGAUAUGUCUGCUUUUCAAUCGGAUCUCAGGUAG